CCCCACUUUCCCUCUCUGACUCUGUCUGUCUGCUUCGUCCCACGCUUUGCUAUAAUUCUGUUUGCAUUUCCAUUUUGCCCCUUUUACAUUGCCUUGGUGUUAAAUUCUGAGUUUUUAUUUUUUAUUUUUUAUAAGAUAAGAUAAGAUUAGAUUAGAAUUGUAUUUGAUUUUUGAUUUUGGGUGGGGAAUUGAAUUGGAGUUAGGGUUUGGCAGUUGUCCCCAAAAUCAAAACAAAAAUCAAAUUCGUAAAGGUUCGCAGAUGGUGUAAACUGUAAAAGGAAGGAAGGGAGAGAAUUGGGAGGGAAGAUCCAAUUAUCAGUUAAUAAUAUAAUCAUUUGUUAUUAGAAUGGCGUCCUCCGAUUUGCCGAUGACUCCUCAGUUGGAGCAGAUCCACGGUGAAAUUCGCGAUAAUUUCCGUGCCCUCGCAAAUGGGUUUCAGAAGCUGGAUAAAAUCAAAGAUUCCAACAGACAAAGCAAGCAGCUCGAGGAGCUUACCGGAAAGAUGAGGGAGUGUAAAAGACUAAUAAAGGAGUUUGAUCGUGAAACUAAAGAUGAGGAAGCCAGAAAUACUCCUGAAGCUAAUAAGCUACUCAACGACGAGAAGCAAUCUAUGAUCAAGGAGCUCAAUUCAUAUGUGGCAUUGAGGAAAACCUACAUGAACAGCCUUGGGAACAAGAAAGUUGAACUUUUCGACAUGGGAGCAGGGGUUAGUGAACCUACAGCUGAGGAAAAUGUCCAAAUGGCAUCAUCUAUGACAAAUCAAGAACUUAUCAGUGCUGGCACGAAAACAAUGGAUGAGACCGAUCAGGCCAUUGAACGCUCUAAGAAGGUUGUGGAACAAACUAUGGAAGUGGGAACUCAGACUGCUACCACCUUGAAGGGCCAAACUGAACAAAUGGGCCGCAUUGUGAAUGAGCUGGACACAAUUCAGUUCUCAAUCAAGAAGGCCUCCCAACUUGUGAAGGAGAUUGGUAGGCAGGUUGCAACAGAUAAAUGCAUCAUGCUUUUUCUAUUUCUGAUUGUCUGUGGCGUUAUUGCAAUCAUUGUUGUGAAGAUCGUGAAUCCUAGCAACAAAGACAUAAAGGACAUCCCUGGAUUGGCACCUCCUGCCCCGAGCCGUAGACUUUUGUAUCUGAGGACUCCAGAGCAUUUGGAAUAGAGGAUUUGAUAUUCCCAUCACUCAAUUACCAUUGGUUCAUUCAUGCUCUAGAGAACAGAAAAGGGGGAGCUCAAAGCAUUGCUGUAUGUGGGCAUCGCUCGGGUUUUUAUGUUCUUCAUUUAUUUUCAUAGUUGAAUCCAUUUUUUCGGCUUGAGAUGUGCAUAUCCUGUUUGUGAUUCUGUGUAAAUCACAUGCGAGUCCUUUUUGGUUUGGUAUUGGAAUGCGAUUGGUUGGUGCUUAAAAGACUGCUGUAGGGCGAGAGAGAUGAAUAUGGAAAUGUGCCUAUUUGCUUUGAACCCACGUUGUACAUGUCCAAUGAAAGGAAAUCUGUAUGCUAUUUUCGAAUAUGCAAUUGUUUUCACUUUGUUCCUGGCUGGAUAUGGGAACGCCUUGGCGUGUUCCUUGUUGGCUUCAGUGCUAUAAUUUCCCUUCA